AAAUGUAGGUCCCUCCUCACGCAGUAGAUUCGUGUUUCUCAAAUCCAAUGAUGACAGAAGGAACGUGCUUACGGAGACGAGGGGGUCCCUAUAAAACCGAUCCAGUGACAGAUCUUACCCGCUGGAGAUUGAGUAAUGUGGAGGGACGACAGUUCUGGAAGUACCUGGAGGAUGGGGAAUCUGUGGAGAGGGACCUCAGCGUGCUGGAGGCGCACUCGCUCGGACUGGACACGAGUAAACUCAUCCAAGACUCCCCUGCUGCCCAAAGUGCGGUGGAGGCAGCCGUGAAAGGCAUGGAGUUCUAUAGCCACCUGCAGGCGGAGGAUGGCCAUUGGGCUGGGGACUAUGGAGGACCCCUCUUCCUACUGCCAGGUCUGCUGAUAACAUGCCACGUGGCCAACAUCACCCUGCCUGAUGCCUGGAAGCAGGAGAUGGUGCGCUACCUGCGCUCAGUGCAGCUUCCAGAUGGGGGAUGGGGCCUGCAUAUUGAAGACAAGUCAACGGUGUUUGGAACGUCGCUGAGCUAUGCUUCCCUAAGGAUCCUCGGUGUUGACCCUGAUGAUCCAGAUAUGGUCAGAGCGAGAAACAACCUGCACAGCAAAGGCGGUGCGGUGGGAAUUCCUUCCUGGGGUAAAUUCUGGUUGGCCAUUCUGAAUGUAUACAGCUGGGAAGGCAUGAACACACUGCUGCCAGAGAUGUGGCUGUUCCCCACAUGGAUGCCAGCCCACCCCUCCACCUUAUGGUGCCACUGCCGUCAAGUCUACCUGCCCAUGAGUUACUGCUAUGCCGUCAGACUGGCGGCCAAAGAGGACACUCUGGUGCGCAGCCUCAGACAGGAGCUGUACGUUCAGGACUACGCCACCAUUGACUGGCCAUCACAGAGGAACAAUGUGGCAGCCUGUGACAUGUACACUCCUCACAGCAGCCUCCUCACCGUGGCUUACUUGGUGAUGAAUGUGUAUGAGGCCCAUCACAGCACGUAUAUGAGGGAGAAGGCUGUGACGGAGCUGUACGACCACAUCCAGGCAGACGACCGCUUCACCAAGUGCAUCAGCAUCGGCCCGAUCUCUAAAACCAUCAACAUGUUGGUACGAUGGUAUGUAGAGGGUCCAUCUUCAGCUGCCUUCCAGGAGCAUGUGUCAAGGAUAGCAGACUACCUCUGGAUUGGCCUUGAUGGUAUGAAAAUGCAGGGGACCAAUGGCUCUCAGCUGUGGGACACUGCGUUUGCUGUUCAGGCCUAUUUGGAGGCCGGAGCACAGGACAAUGGCAAAUUCACUGACACACUCAAGCGUGCCCACGAGUUCCUGGACCUCACACAGAUAAAAGACAAUCCACCUGAGUAUGAGAAGUACUACCGGCAGAUGAAUAAGGGUGGAUUCCCCUUCAGUACAAGAGACUGUGGUUGGAUAGUGGCCGACUGCACUGCUGAGGGUCUGAAGUCGGUGAUGCUGUUGCAGGAGCACUGUCCCUUCAUCAGCAGCCCAGUGGCCAAGGAGAGACUCUUUGAUGCAGUCAAUGUGCUUCUGAGUAUGAGGAAUCCUGAUGGGGGCUUUGCUACCUAUGAGACUAAGCGUGGAGGCAGACUGCUGGAGCUCCUCAACCCCUCGGAGGUGUUCGGGGACAUCAUGAUUGACUACACGUAUGUGGAGUGCACCUCCGCUGUCAUGCAGGCUCUCCGACAUUUCCAGCAUGUCUAUCCAGAGCACAGAGCAGAGGAGAUCAGGUGUACUCUGAAGGAGGGACUGGAGUACUGCAGAAGAGUUCAGAGGCCUGAUGGAUCAUGGGAAGGGUCGUGGGGGGUUUGCUUCACUUAUGGCGUUUGGUUUGGUCUGGAGGCGUUCGCCUGCAUGGGACACACCCUCCAAGAGAAGCCCGUGUGUGCCGAGGUUCAGCGAGCCUGUGACUUCCUGCUGUCGAAGCAGAUGGAGGAUGGGGGCUGGGGCGAGGACUUUGAGUCCUGCGAGCAGCGGCGCUACAUCCAGAGCCACAACUCCCAGAUCCACAACACCUGCUGGGCCCUGCUCGGCCUGAUGGCAGCCAGACACCCUGACGUCAGAGCCAUUGAGAGGGGGAUUAAGGUCCUCAUUGACAAGCAGCUGCCCAAUGGAGACUGGCCACAGGAGAACAUUCCCGGCGUGUUCAACAAGAGCUGUGCUAUAAGCUACACGUCGUACAGAAACGUCUUCCCCGUCUGGACGCUCGGCCGCUUCUCACGCCUCCACCCUUCUAGUGCCCUCGCAGGGAAAAUCAAGAUCUGAGGUCUCUCAAGAGUCACCUUGAGCCACACUGACAGCAGUUACGUGCAAGGAGCAUACCGGUUCCAAACUGAAUUGUCAGUGUUCAGCUUAAAGGUGCACUGUGUAAGAUUUUUAGUAGUUCUAUUUCCAGAAUGUAUGCCAACCAUUCACUUAUGUUACCUUUUUCAUGGAUACUUACCACCACCAUCAUAUUUUGAGUAUUCAUUAUGACUGAGAAAAUUUGACUUUUCAUACAUGAAAAGGGGGAUCUUCUCCAUGAUCCGCUAUUUUGAAUUUCCAGAAAUAGACAUUUUUAGCUGCAAAUCUUACUUGAACUUUGCUCAUACUUGUAAAUACUGUACUAGUUUAUUACUUCGUAAAUAUUCGAAAAGAUAAGAUUUGGCAAUAGGCAGCACAAUUUCAAUAAGAAUCAUAGCUGCAAUACCUAUUCUGGCCACAUCUUACACAGUGCACCUUUAAAACAAAUGAUGGAAUAUUCCGUUUACAAUGUGAGGAAUAAUUUUCUGCAAUCGAAUAUGUGCGGAACAUGUGUGCGGCCACAUUCGGAAUGAGUAAAGAGUUUACAUGACUUGUGUGCAAACCGAGUACUGUCACCAUUCCGUUAAAACUCUGAAUAUUCCUAGGGUGUUAGGCCGGCCGGACAUUGGCUCCGACAGCACUGUGGCGCACUUUUGCUUCCGACAUAAUUCGGACCUCCAAACCCAAUUUCAUCCGAACAUUGCAUUGAUAGUCAACGGGCGGCGCUGACAAAAUAGAACUUGUCUCUGAUUGCUAUCCGACAUCGGCGAAUGUCCGCGGACAUCGGCGCCAGUGUGCGUGGUUCUAUUGAAAACAAUGGAAUCGAAUUUUAGCUGAGCAGUGCUCAGCACUUUUGUCGGAGCCAGUGUGCGGAAGGUCUUAGCCCUUACUGUGCUCACUGUCCCUUUUUGAAAACAAACCUCGUGCUGCUAUUGGGAGAUAGUGCAAGCCAUUAGACAGAUCACCAGUGAUGUUUGUGACACCAGAUAGAGAUGUCUACAUUCCUUUCUUUUAUUUGCAAGUCCUGACAUUAAUACCUGGAUACAUUUUUUGUGUGUUCUCAAUGUUUUUGUUCAAAGGUUAAUUAAAUAUAAUUUGU